AUGCUGUUAGCAGUGUCUCUGUGUCUGCUGGUCGCGUCUCCCUCGUUGUCCGCCCCUGCAGGGCAACCCCAGACCAGAGCGAGGAACAAGCUCCUCUUCAUCUCGUUUGACGGUUUUCGUUGGGACUAUGACCGCGAUGUGGACACCCCAAACCUGGACCAGAUGGCACUGGAUGGAGUCAAAGCCACCUACGUCACCCCACCUUUUCUGACCAUCACCAGUCCGACACACUUCACCCUUCUGACAGGCAAGUACAUUGAGAACCAUGGAGUCAUCCACAACAUGUGGUUUAACACGACCACGCAGGAGAAGAAACAGUACUACGAGACCCAGUUUGUGGAUGAUUACUGGGACAACGGCAGUCUUCCCAUCUUUAUCACAGCACAGAGACAGGGCUUAAAGGCAGGGUCAAUGCACUUCCCGGGCACCGCGGCCUCUUACCAGAAGGAGACGCUGAAAGUGAGGGACGUGGAGCCCCGGUUCUACGACCACAAGAACGAGACGCUGUGGAGGAUGAAAGUGGACAAAGUAAUGAAGGAAUGGUUCGUGGAUAUGGACCUGGACUUUGUCACCCUUUAUUUCGGCGAUCCCGACGCAACCGGGCAUGCGCACGGGCCGGAUUCUCUCGAGCGUCAGGAGGCGGUCAGGAAAGUCGAUCGAACGAUGGGCUACAUCCGCGACAUGGCUCGGAGCCUCGGCCUGUCGGAACGCCUGAACAUCAUCAUCACCGCCGACCACGGGAUGACCACGGUUUUGAGAGACGGUCUGGUCGAAGAGAUCAUGCUGUCCAAAAUCCCAGGCUUUUCCUUCAGGGAUCUGAAAUUCCACCUGGUGGACUACGGCCCCACGGGGAUGCUGCUGCCCAAAGACGGGAUGCUGGACAAGGUGUACAACGCCCUGAAAGGCGGGCAUCCCCACCUUCACGUCUACAAGAGAGAAGAGAUGCCAGAGCGAUUUCACUACUCCAAACACCCGCGUCUUCUGCCCAUCAUCCUUUACGCUGAUCCCGGAUACGUCAUCAACGGGUUCUAUCCGUUCCAGUUCAAUAAGGGAGAGCACGGCUUUGAUAACUUGGCCAUGGACAUGAAGCCCUUCUUCAGGGCGGUGGGGCCUGACUUCCACAAAAACCUGGAGGUGGGACCUUUUGAAACCAUCCACAUUUACUCUCUGCUCUGUCACUUACUGGGCAUCACUCCAGAACCCAACGACGGCUCUCUGGAAGUCACCAAACAUCUGCUGCUCUCCGACGGCACGAAUGACUCAAGGAGCCCGACGGAAUCUGUGCAGUACAGACUGUUUCUGGGUUUUGCUGCAGUGGCUGGAUUUCUCGUCAUCGUCUUUGUAAUAAUGACUACCUUCCAUGCUGUCAAACGGCACAGAGCCAGACCUCGGUCUGAUAGCUCGCCUCGUGAACCUGAGGAGAAGGAAGACCUCUACCCGUUCACUGAAUCACUCCAUCACUCCCCUGAGCUCUACCCGUUCACUGAAUCACUCCAUCACUCCCCUGAGCUCUACCCGUCCUCUGAAUCACUCCAUUACUCCCCUGAGCUGUACCCGUCCUCUGAAUCACUCCAUCACUCCCCUGAGCUCUACCCGUCCUCUGAAUCACUCCAUCACUCCCCUGAGCUGUACCCGUUCUCUGAAUCACUCCAUCACUCCCCCGAGCUGUACCCAUUCACUGAAUCACUCCAUCACUCCCAUGAGCUGUACCCGUUCUCUGAAUCACUCCAUCACUCCCCUGAGCUGUACCCGUUCUCUGAAUCACUCCAUCACUCCCAUGAGCUGUACCCGUUCUCUGAAUCACUCCAUCACUCCCAUGAGCUGUACCCGUUCUCUGAAUCACUCCAUCACUCCCCUGAGCUGUACCCGUUCUCUGAAUCACUCCAUCACUCCCCUGAGCUGUACCCGUUCUCUGAAUCAUUCCAUCACUCCACUGAGCUGUGCCCGUUCUUUAUUUCAUCCUGUUCACAACUUGCUCUCAGCUAA